AUAUACGUAGCAGAACACGUAUUUUUACGUGGUCUCAUUGUUAAAAAAAAUACAUUGUAAAUUGUGUUACGUAGUACUUACUCAAUUAUUGUUGCAAUCAAGUAUUCGGUUUUCCUAUUGAAUAGAGCACUCUCCGAAUUCGUUCAAGUGACAGUGUUUUCUUGCAGACUAUGUCGAGUAUCAGUUGAUCAUGAGCUGGUUUGAUGCGUCUGGGAUAGCUAGUCUUGCAAAAAAUGCCCUGAAAGAAGCGCAGAAAACCAUAGAUAAAGCACUAGAUAUAAAGGAAGAUGAGCAACAUCCAGAGACACGAGAUCCCACAUUAGAAGCUGCAAGCGACGACUUUUUCGCUACAUGGGGAUUGAAGUCAGGAGUGGACACACUGCCGACGGAUAAGCCUAGCGAUACCGACAUCUCGUCCCAAAAGGAGUCGCCGAAAGGAAACAGUAAAUUGAAUAUGACAGCAAGUUUAUGGGGUUCUUUUACUGGAUCUUUCUUUGAAAAUCCUAGGACAUCGGAAGCUAAUGCUGGAGUAUAUGGCGAUGAAAGCUCAGAUCCAGUGUCAUUGCAGCCUAAAAAAGGUGGUCUCAUUCGCACAAGUUCUCUCAAGCAUGAUUCCAGGAACAAAGAUGCAAGCAUAGCUGCAAAGAAGAGAAAGAAGAGCUGGGAUGAAGGGGGAGUUCUCAGUUACAUGGAUAGUGAUGAGACAUCAGCACUUUGUGACGAUCCAAGUGAACUUCGCUCAAAUGAAGGAUUUAGCCGGAGUAAACUAGUUGUAGAGAGUGAAGAUACAGAUGCAGAUGCUGAGUGUUGUGCAGUGGACCAUAAAGUUGUGACUGUGGGGCAAAGUACUGAUGAUGGAGAUGAGAAUGCUGUGGUUGUUACUCAUAGACGUGAACUUCCAUCGACAGGUAGCUUUAAACAUAAUAGACUAUCUGUCAUUUCUUCUGAAAGUGACAAAAAGUCAUCGGAGAGUGUUGAAGUGAUUGGUUCGGAAUGUGGCAGCAGUUUCACAACAUCUCCAGAGUCAGAAUUGGGUCUUAUGAGCCCAGAUAUGUCUGUGUCGUCUUCAGUGACAGGUGUUAGGUCAUGUGCUGCUACUAGUUCUCCAGAAUCUGUAGAGGUUAUUCCAGAUACGACAAGCUCUGUAGAGGUUCUGGGGGACCCAUGUAGUGGACGAACGUCACGGACGACUUCAUCACCGUACAUCUCUCCUGAAAGUGCAGUUGCGCCUUGCUCAUAUGAAGAAGCAUUUGGAGAGUUGCAGACGCCAGUCGAGAUGCCACAAACGAGGAGUGGUGAUACAUCAGAAAAAACUUCGCCUGAGAGUGUUGAAGUUAUUCCAGAAGAAGACGAUGAGAGUGUGGCAGAUGACAGCUACACAUCAGCAUCAGAAAGCACGGCAACAGCUACUGUGACGAUAAUGGAAGCAUCUGGUGGCAGGCAGUUCCCUCAGGCUGUGAUACAGUCGCAGCCCAUUGGUGACAGUGGCUUACUGGGGGCCAGUAGGACAGAGGCACCUCCAGAAAUCCCUGUGGCAACUCACACUGGCUGUCGAGCAGGGCUCCAGCUUGCUCUUGCUCAUACUACAGAACCCAUUCGAAUUCCAGUCUCUGUGUCAGCUGAUAUACCAAAGCCGUCUGUAGUGCUGCCAGCAACACCAUCUCUGAAGGAUAAGGUGGUAGAAGCUACCUCGGCAGCUGAAGAUGGCUCAAGUGGAUCCACAUUGUCAGACAGCCGAACACUUAUGAGCACAGAUAGCAGCGGUGACGCCACAUUGAUGGAUAGCAGCAUUGAGGAAAGCACACCAUCAGCACCCAUAACACAACAGCAAUCCAGUUCUUAUUAUGUUAAAACUAUGCUAGCUGAUGCUAUGGGUGAGGAGGAAAACAGAACAUCACUUGUUACUCGUGACCAGUCCCCUAUAUCAUCAGAAAGCAGAUCUGAUCUUGUGAAAGUAGAGUCAGAGCAGACAAGUGGCCAUACAUCUGGAGAUGAACUAGAAACCACAACUUCAUCUGAUAUAGAAAUUAUUUCUAGUCCAAAUGGAGACAGCAGCAGCACACACUCCCGUCAUAGUCCAGCAAAACUGUUACAGCGAGCCACAAGAGGAAAACUAGCCCUAGCAGUUGCUGAACAUGAAUGUUCGAGUUCACAUGGGUCAGAGAGCAAGUUUUCAGUAAUUCCAAAAACAAAAGGCCACCAGCGGGAACUUUCUGAGACUUCUAGUGGAGGUUCCGAUGACAGUCAUUGCCAGGAGGUGGAGAAACUGUUAAAGAGAGUGGCUGAUAUGACAGAGAUAUUGGAGUCAAGGGAGUCAAAAUUGAUUGAAAUAAGCAGGCUAAAUAUUGAAUUGGAGGAGCACAACACAGAUUUGAAGAGGCAGUUAGAAACAGCCCUACAGUCAAGUGUGUCAGAAUCCCAAGACAUCCAUCAAGUGACGGAGGAAUAUACCCAGAGGUUGUCAUCUCUAGAACGUAAAUUCCAGCAAGCUAUACGUGACAAGGAGACACUGAGGAAGCAACUUGAGCAAGCAAGAUUAGAUGCAGCAUCAAGAUUAUCAAAAACUGAACUGGAAGGCUUAGUGGCAGAAAAGGACGAAGUAAUACGAGAACUGAGAGAGGAAGGAGAAAAACUGUCAAAACAGCAAUUGCAAUAUUCUAAUAUUAUCAAGAAGCUCAGGGUUAAGGAAAAAGAAAGUGACAACACAAUCAAGAAUCAGAAGGAGCAAUUAGAAGAAUUGUCACAAGAAGUUGAAAGGUUGAAACGAUCUCUUACUGCCAAGGAAGAAGUGGAGAGGACACAGAUUGAGGCAGUGCAUCAGCUGACAGCAAGAACCAAAAACCAAGAAAAGGAGAUAGCUGCUCUGCAUAGCCAGAUUGAUGAUCUGAAUCAGAAAGUGGAAACAUUAAGUGUUUCACUUGAAGCUGCAUCAAAGGAGAUGAAUGAAAGUAAGAAGGCUCUUGCACUCAAAGAAGAACAACUUGCCAAGGCUAUGGAGAGUAUUGAAAACAUGGCCCAACAGGAACUGGAAGCUGCUCUUGAAGAGGCAAAACGUAAUUCACAGGAACAGCAGCAACACUUAAAUGCAACAAUUGAAGACUUACGGCAGCGUCUGCGCCAAACUGAAGAAGAACAUUCAGGGCGGGAGGCAUCUUUACGACAAGAAACUGCUGAGCUGCUACGUAGACUUGAGGCAGCAGAGGCACGGAGUGAGGAGCUGGCUGAAGCAGCCUCAGGAGCAACGAGACCACUGUUGAGGCAGCUGGAACAGCUGCAAGCCACAGCUGCAAGUCGUCAGGCGACAUUUGAGAAACAGGAAAAGUCACUCACGGACACAAUAGGUGAGCUGCAAGGCCGAAUGUCUGCUCUAACAGAACAGGAACGUAUGUCUCGGGAGCAAAACAUAUCUCUGCAUUCCCAAGUUUCUUCUCUGGAACACCGGCUAUCGAGCGCUAAUGCUGAGAUUGCCCAGUUGCAGGAUGAUCUGAGCUGUCAACGGAAACUCUACCUUGAACUACGUGAGGAGCGAGAUAAGGAACACCGCACAUCUGAGUCUAUGCAGGAGACAUUGGCAGAAGAGAUGAAGGACUUACAGAGGCAAAUUAACAGUUUAGAGCAGCAGCUGUCAGUAGAGCGUGCUGCUACAGAAGCUGAGAAAAGGAAAACUGCCAUGCUCCAGGAUCAGUUACGAGACAGAGACAUAGCAGUUGAAAAGGAGCGUUCUGGUGGCAGAGGUUCUUCUCCUGCAGGAACUCCAAGGUCAUCACCCACAUUGAGCUUUGGCAGAAUGUCACUGUCAGAGUCUGUGUCAAGUGUAACUUGGCCACAGUUUCCUGAUGAGGCAUUUGACACAGCAUCAAAUUCUGGGCGUUUAAGCAAUGUGUAUGAUAGUCUGCGUUCUGGAAACACAACAUCACUGCUCGAAGGACUUCAGGCACAGCUGAAGUUACGGGAUGGUGAAGUCCAGCAGCUACAGUGGGAACUUUCACGUCGGGAUGCAGAGAGGGCAGCACUUACAGGGGAAGUAUCGGCACUGAUAGCACGCAUUGAAGAACAGGAAACAGCUCUCGCCAGUGCUCAAGAGCUCCGAGCUCAGUUUGAAGAUAUUCAGCACAAGUAUGAUGCUCUGUUGCAGAUGUAUGGAGAGAAAGUGGAAGAGACACAAGAACUCAAACUUGACCUGCAAGAUGUCAAAGAAAUGUAUAAAACUCAGAUUGACCAGCUCUUAAAAAAGGAGUCACCCUCUUGAGAAAACGAAUUUAAAGUAAAGAGAACGGAAUGUAUCCCAGAAUGCUUGCUACUUGAUCAUAUGGUGCAUGAAGCAGCUGUGAUCCAUAUUGUCCAUUUUCUGAGAUUAUUAAUUUUUCUGCAACAGACUGCAGUUUUUUGACUGAGCCUCCUCUAUAUUGAGUACAGUUACUGUUGAUACCGUUUUAUUAAACCUUAUUCAUUAUCUGUGAUUUUGUAACUAUUUGAAAAGCUUGUUGUACUACAGCUUUGCUUCAAAGAAACCAUUUUUCCAUCAACUUUACAGCUAUUACUCUAUUGCAUUUAUAACAGUCAGUGAUCAACAGUUUUCUCUUGUUAAUUGCUGCUACAGUUAGAAUUAAAUAGGUGCUUUAUAGUGUAAUUGUUACACAAUCAGUAUACAUAUAAUAGAAAUUGUGGGAAGGUCAGAAAUGGAACUUCAGACUUCCACAUUUCUUUGCAUUUAUUUUAUACUUUUUUUGUUUUUUUCGUUCAUUGAACUGCAUAUAUCUGCUGCUGGUGAUGCUGAACUGAUAUAUAGAUAUUUAUUAUGGUGUGAUAUCCAACAUGCACUUAUGCUGCAUCAUAAGUGAGGGAAACUGCUCACCACCAGAUUAGCUUUGCUCAUGCUUGCUAUGAAACAGUAUUGUGAUUGUACAGUAUAGAGCAUUGUAUAUAGCAGGAAUGCCAGAGAGUAAUAUGUGAAAAUAGGGCUGGUGAAAAAAAAAUAUAAACUUCAGUUUCUACAAUUUUUCUGCAUUUGCUUUGUUUUGAAUCAUUGUAAGAAAUUUACUUGCACUUAAAUACUGGUUGAAAAUAUUUAUUAGUGUGUUCUUCAGAAUGCACAUUUUAUACAUAUGUAUAUGAUGAUGUUGGUGUUGUAUUGUACAGACAAACCACAGUUUUAUAUUUUAUAAUGGUUACAGAAGACCAUAUAAAUGACAACACACUGUACAUAAACUGAAAUAAAUAUACCACUAUCUG